AGCUAUUGGUUUGUUGAGCAAGAUUCAAGGGGCGCACCCAAGGCCAAAGCGAAGUUGGAGCCGCUCAGUGAUACUGUUUGCCGGGAUUACGAGCGCAGUCCCUUUCCCCUCCAGCCACUCCUGCAGGAUUCUCCACAUUACAUCAUCAGCCACACCCUGACACUCCUUCUUUAGGGCCAAGACUCUACUCCCAGUCUUAUCGUUGAGGAGGAGGGACUCCGAAUGCGGUGUAGUGUGGCCCAACUUCCUGAGGGACUUUAAGGCGAAUUAGAUGUGGAAGAGUGGGCUGGCUACCGAUAUCAUCCUCAUCAUCAUCUGGGGAGUAUAGAAUUAUACUAACUGCAGCGUACAUCUAUAUACACA